AUGUUAUCACGUCUAAUUUCUUCCAUUCCUGUUAGAGCAACAGCUACUACCCACAUUGCAAAAAGAUCUUCUUCCAUCAUAUCAGUACAUAGAGAAACAAAAGAAGACAAUACAACUUUACCAUUUGAGUUUAAUUCCGAAAACAAAAAGAGAGCUGAAGAAAUCAUCGCCAAGUACCCUCCUCAAUACAAAAAAGGAGCAUGCAUGCCUCUUUUGGACUUGGGUCAACGUCAAUUGGGAUUCACUUCAAUUUCAGUAAUGAACUACGUUGCCAAAUUGUUGGAUAUGCCACCAAUGAGAGUCUACGAAGUUGCCACUUUUUACACAAUGUACAAUAGACAUCCAAUGGGUAAAUACAAUAUCCAGGUGUGUACCACCACACCAUGUCAAUUAUGUGGAAGUGAUGGUAUCAUGGAUGCGAUCAAGGGCUACUUGAAAAUAAAGCCAGGCCAAACUACACCAGACAAACUCUUUACAUUACAAGAAGUUGAAUGUUUAGGUGCAUGUGUCAAUGCACCAAUGCUUGCCGUAAAUGAUGAUUACCAUGAAGAUUUGACACCUGAGGCAACAGUUGAUUUGUUGAAGAAAUUGAAAGAAGGUGGGGACAAUUUCGAAUUGAGUGAAAUCGGUGUUGGACCAGUAUUGAACAAGAGGGAGUCUUGCGAACCAUUUAGUGGUCAAAAGGUACUAUUGAGCAAGGAACCCAAUGAUAUGAGAAAGUUCACCAGAGCUGACUUGUAG